ACCAAAACUAAGUGCCAAAUGACAUGACAUAGCCUGGCAUUAUUUAGGAGUGUCACCGCCUUGUAAGGAUAGUAUAUUGACAAGGUCUAAUAUGCUUUGGAUUUUUAAAUCCACUGUAGGAAACAGCAUAUUCAGUCACUACACAAGCCUGGUGUCUGCCGGAGUCAGUGCUACAGCCGCGGGAUAUACACCGGAUAUGGAGUUUAAAAGCUGAGUGAUGCUUGGACGCUAACAGGCAUGGUAACAUCAAUGACAUUAAAAGCUGAUAUUUAGUUAAUGAUUCAUUUCGUUGGGCACACAGUCAGCAAAAACUUGAUUUAAAAAGGAAGCCUCUGGUAGCAGUCAACCACAUCCAUCAGCCAUGAAGGUGCUUGUGCUAGCUCUUACUCUGGCCUUUGCAGCGGGUUACCAGGUCAGCUUAGCCCCACAGUUUGCUACUGGAAAGACUUACAUUUACAAAUAUGAAGCAUUUCUUAUGGGCGGCCUGCCUGAGGAGGGUCUGGCACGGGCCGGAGUGAAAGUCCAGAGCAAAGUAUUGAUCAGUGCAGUGGCUGCCGACACCUUCAUGUUGAAGCUUGUAGACCCUGAGAUCUUUGAGUACAGUGGCAUUUGGCCCAAAGAGGCGUUCAUCCCAGCCACCAAGCUCACCUCAGCCCUGGCUGCUCAGCUCUUGAUACCCAUCAAGUUUGAGUAUGCUAACGGUGUCGUUGGUAAAGUUUUUGCAACGGCUGGCAUCUCUGCAACUGUGCUGAAUGUCUACAGGGGAAUCCUCAACAUCUUCCAGCUGAACAUCAAGAAGACUCAGAACGUCUAUGAGCUGCAAGAGCCUGGAGCUCAAGGUGUGUGCCAGACCCACUACAUCAUCAGUGAGGACACAAAGGCUGAUCGCAUUAUUCUGACCAAGACCAAGGACCUGAACCAUUGUCAUGAGAGAAUCAUUAAGGACAUUGGCUUGGCUUACACUGAGAGAUGCAUUGAGUGUGAGGCUAGAGGAAAGACCCUGAAGGGAGCCAAUGCCUUUAACUACAUCAUGAAGCCAGCAGCCACAGGUGCUCUGAUCUUGGAGGCAACUGCUACAGAGCUGAUUCAGUUCUCUCCUUUCAACAUCUUGAAAGGUGCUGCCCAGAUGGAAGCUAAGCAAAUCCUGACCUUCAUGGAGAUUGAUAGGACCCCAGUGGAGCCCAUCAGAGCUGAAUAUAUUCACCGUGGAUCCCUGCAGUACGAGUUUGGCAGUGAGCUUCUCCAGACACCCAUCCAGCUUCUGAGGAUCAGCAAUGCAGAGGCUCAGAUUGUUGAGAUUCUGAACCACAUAGUGACCUUCAAUGUGGCCAAAGUCCAUGAAGAUGCCCCCCUGAAGUUUAUUGAACUCAUCCAGCUUCUGCGUGUGGCCAGUUUUGAGAGUAUUGAGGCUCUCUGGACUCAGUUCAAAGCUAGACCUGAUUACAGGCACUGGAUCCUGAAUGCUGUCCCUGCCAUCGGUACUCACACUGCUCUGAGGUUCCUCAAGGAGAAGUUCCUGGCUGGUGAGCUGUCUAUUGCUGAAGCUGCUCAAGCUCUGCUGGGAUCUGUGCACAUGGUGACAGCCGACCAGGAGGCCAUCAAACUUGCUGAGGGCCUGGCUAUGAACCCCAAGAUCCAAGAAAACCCAGUCUUGCGUGAGAUCGCAAUGCUCGGCUAUGGCACUCUGGUUGCUAAAUACUGUGCAGAGAACCCAACUUGCCCAGCUGAGUUUGUGAGGCCCAUCCAUGAAAUCGCUGUCCAGGCUGUUGCAAGAGGUGAAAUUGAUGAGCUCAUUGUCGCUCUCAAAGUUCUGGGUAAUGCUGGACAUCCUGCUAGCCUUAAACCAAUCAUGAAGUUCCUGCCUGGCUUUGGAAGUGCUGCUGCUAAUCUGCCACUAAGAGUUCACAUUGAUGCUGUUCUGGCCCUGAGGAACAUUGCAAAGAGAGAGCCCAAGAGGAUCCAAGAAAUGGCUAUUCAGCUGUUCAUGGACAAGGCUCUCCACCCAGAGCUCCGUAUGGUUGCUGCUAUUGUGCUUUUUGAGACAAAGCUGCCCAUGGGUCUGGUGGCCGCUCUCGCCGACACCCUCUUGAAAGAAAAAAAUCUGCAGGUCACUAGCUUUGUGUACUCUUACAUGAAGGCCAUGACCAAGAAUACCGCCCCUGACUUUGCUUCUGUUGCUGCAGCCUGUAACGUCGCUGUGAAGAUCCUCAGCCCCAAAUUCGACAGACUGAGCUACCGCUUCAGCAGAGCUCUCUAUUUUGAUGCCUACCAAAAUCCCUGGAUGAUGGGUGCUGCUGCCAGUGCUUUCUACAUUAACGAUGCUGCAACUCUUUUGCCAAGAGCCAUUGUGGCCAAAGCCCGCACCUACCUGGCCGGAGCUUACGCUGAUGUUCUUGAGUUGGGAGUAAGAACUGAGGGAGUCCAGGAGGCCCUUUUAAAAAUCCACGAGGCUCCUGAUAAUGCUGACAGGCUCACCAAGAUGAAACGAGUUAUGAAGGCUAUUUCAGAGUGGACGGCUCAUCCUUCAAGCCAGCCCCUGGCCUCCAUGUAUGUGAAAGUCUUCGGACAGGAAAUUGCCUUUGCCAACAUUGACAAAGCUACUGUUGAUCGGAUUAUUGAGCUGGCCUCCGGACCUGCGCUUCACGCUAAUGGCAGGAAGGCUUUGGAUGCUCUGCUGUCCGGUUUUGCACUGCAUUAUGCUAAACCAAUGCUGGUCGCUGAGGUCCGUCGCAUCCUUCCCACCGCUGUUGGUCUGCCCAUGGAGCUGAGUUUCUAUACGGCUGCUGUGGCUGCUGCAUCUGUUGAAUUCCAAGCCACUGUGACACCACCUCUGCCUGAGAAUUUCCAUGCUGCCCAGCUUCUGAAGUCGGACAUCAGCAUGAAGGCUGCAAUUACUCCAAGUGUUUCCAUGCACACCUAUGCAGUUAUGGGCGUGAAUACUGCUUACAUCCAAGCUAACCUGCUGUCAAGAGCCAAAGUUCACACGAUUAUUCCUGCAAAGAUGGAAGCAAGAAUUGAUAUGACUAAGGGCAACUUCAAGCUUCAUUUUCUGCCUGUUCAGGGCGUCAAUAAGAUUGCAUCUGCACUUGUUGAGACUUUCGCUGUUGCAAGAAAUGUUGAAGACCUCACAGCUGCCAAAAUCACACCAAUGAUUCCAGCUGAAGCUGUAGUACAGCUAUCAAGGGAGACCCACUCUUCAAGGAUUUCUAGGAUGGCAUCCUCUCUGGCUGGUGGCAUGUCAGUAUCAUCUGAAAUCAUUCCCGUUGACCUGCCAAGAAAAAUUGCCCAAAGACUGAAAUUUCCCAAGGGGUUUGAGGAGAAAAUGUGUGGUGCAAUUGAAACGUUUGGAAUAAAGGCAUGCACUGAGAUCGAAUCUCGCAAUGCCGCCUACAUCAAGGACUGCCCACUCUACUCCAUUAUUGGAAAACAUGCUGUCCUGGUGGAGGUUGCUCCGGCUGCUGGACCAGUAAUUGAAAAGAUUGAAAUUGAGAUUCAGGUUGGAGAAAAAGCAGCAGAAAAGAUCAUCAAAGUGAUAGACCUGAGCGAGGAAGAGGAAAUUCUCGAGGACAAGAAUGUCCUGAUGAAACUCAAGAAAAUCUUGGUUCCUGGUCUGAAGAACAGCACAGCCAGUUCCUCCAGCUCCAGCAGCUCUCGUUCUCUCAGUUCUCGCUCUAGCAGCUCCCGUUCAAGCAUCUCCUCCUCUGCAUCAACCAAGUCUUCCUCCAGCUCCUCCUCUCGCCGCAAGAGCAAAAUGGUCGACGUUGUUAACCCAAUCCCCAAAACAUCAAAGAGACUGAGCAGCCACUCCAGCAGCUCCUCCAGCAGCCAAUCAAGCCGGCAUUCAAGAAGCUCUUCCAGUUCGCGCUCCAGCAGCGCUUCAAGCAGCCGUUCAUCUCUCCAGUCCAGCAGCCGCUCUUUAAGCUCCAGCUCCAGCUCCUCCAGAGACAGCUCCAUGUCCAAGCAAGAAAUGUAUGAAAUGAAGUUUACCAAGAACCACAUCCACCAGCAUGCCCUCUCCACAGCCCGAGCCAACAGCAAGAGCAGUGCCUACAGCUUUGAAGAAAUUUACAAUAAGGCCAAGUACCUCGCUAACGCUGUCACUCCUGCGGUGACCGUUCUCAUCCGUGCUGUGAGAGCCGACCACAAGGUUCAGGGAUACCAGAUUGCAGCUUACUUUGACAAAGCCACUUCCAGACUGCAGGUCAUUUUUGCCAACCUUUCUGAGAAUGACCACUGGAGAAUCUGUGCUGAUGGUAUGAUGCUGAGCUAUCACAAGCUGAUGGCCAAGAUUGCCUGGGGCCUUGAAUGCAAGCAAUAUGAGACCGAGAUCACAGCUGAAACUGGUCUUGUGGAUCAAGAGCCUGCAGUCCGCCUGAAGCUGACCUGGGACAAACUUCCAAAGAGCAUGAAACACUAUGCAAAGAAGCUCUCUAAGUAUAUUUCCCUUAUUGCUCAUGAAAGCGGAGUAAGCCUGGCAAACGUCAAGAAUGUCCGUAAUCAGAUAAAACUGACUGUGGCUGUUGCCUCUGAGACAAGCCUGAAUGUUGUGCUGAAGACGCCAAAGAGGACCAUUUACAAACUUGGAGUGGGUCUCCCUGUUUCUCUGCCAUACGGGGACACUGCUGCUGAGCUGGAAGCAUACCAGGACAACUGGGGUGAAAAGGUCUUGCACAUGUUCACCAAGGCUCAUGCAGCUGAGUGCACCAUGAUCAAAGACACUGUGAUCACAUUCAAUAACAGGAAAUACAAGAACGAGAUGCCCCACUCUUGCUACCAGGUUUUGGCUCAGGAUUGCACCCCAGAUCUCAAAUUCAUAGUUCUGCUGAAGAGGGACCAAACACAAGAACAGAACCAGAUCAAUGUGAAGAUUGCAAACAUUGAUGUCGACAUGUAUCCAAAGGACAACGUUGUCAUGGUGAAGGUUAAUGGAGUAGAAAUGCCCAUCAGCAACCUGCCAUAUCAGCAUCCCACAGGCAAAAUUCAGAUCAGACAGAGAGGCGAAGGCAUUGCUCUCCAUGCUCCCACCCACGGUCUUCAGGAAGUCUACUUCGAUCUGAACGCACUGAAGGUUAAAGUCGUGGAUUGGAUGAGAGGACAGACUUGUGGACUCUGUGGAAAGGCUGACGGGGAAAUCAGACAGGAGUACCGCACACCCAACGAACGCCUGAUCAAGAAUGCAGCCAGCUACGCUCAUUCAUGGGUUAUGCCUGGAAAGAGUUGCCGUGAUAAUUCUGAGUGUUACAUGAAGCUCGAAUCAGUGAAGCUGGAGAAGCAGAUGAUCUUCCACGGUCAGGAGUCCAAAUGCUACUCUGUUGAGCCUGUGCUGCGCUGCUUGCCCGGCUGCAUGCCAGUGAGGACCACCGCUGUCACCGUCGGCUUCCACUGCCUGCCUGCUGAUUCUAACCUGAACCGCUCUGAGGGUCUGAGCAGCAUCUAUCAGAAGAGCACUGACCUUAAGGAAACAGCAGAAGCUCACCUGGCCUGCCGCUGUACCGCUCAGUGCAUUUAAUCUCGCUGUGUUCUGUCACGUUUUAUUUUCUUUUUCUUGAAAGUAUUCUUAAGUACUCAGUUUGAACAGUAAACUUAAAUAAAUUGCAAAGGCAUGUGAGGCAAUUGUUGUCUGAAAUGUAUUACAAAUGCAGCUGCUAUACACAAAUACAAAAAACUGAAAAGUCCUUCAUAUUAAGAGACCAUUCAGCCCUUAUGCUCAUUAUCCUACAUGUUGAGAUGAAGCAUACCUAAUACAUAAAUGUGAAAUAUUUUAAAUCAACAGGCGUGGCCUCCUCUCCCCAAAAAAGUAGAAAAAGAAAGCUCGUCAGUGCUACAGUACUUAAAAAUUUCACCUUUCAGCAGAAAGAAUGAAAAAGCAACUUCAAUAACGAACAUUUUUUCUUUCAAUCUUUGGUGGCAGAGUCACUUAACUCUAAAUUAUGAAGUCAUGACGACACAGCCUUAAAUAUGGCUCCCUUUCUUUGGCCCAUUUACUUUUACAGAUUCUCCAAGUCUACAUUUGUAACAGCGGUGUUCAUGUUACAGUAGAUCAUUACUCUCCAAAUAUUUCUCAGAUCAUUAAAUAAAUAACAUAUGACGAGAAAAAGAUUUACAUAAGUGUAAUCAAACAGGAGGGAUAGCGGUUGUGGUUUAAAAUGGGGAGAAUGACCUCAGAUCCAUUGAAGUAUUACAGUAUAUUAAUUAGUUCUCAACAGAAUACUGAAGUCAGACUAUUUAUGAAUUAGUACAGCUACCCUCAUGUCUGUUUGUUUAAUUUGAAGAUAUAGCCAGCAGCCAGUUAGCUUAGCAUAAACUGAAGUGUAUCCGUGACAAAUUUUAUGUUUUUACACUUUGGUUUUUGUAGGGAUUGAACAUAGAAAAUAUAAGGUGUUAAAUAGUGAGUGUUUGAGCUACCGAUGGGCUAUUUUGCUGUUGGACAGAGUCGUUUCCAGUGUUUGUGCUAAGCUAUUUAGCUAACCAGCUGCUGGAUGUAGCUUCAUAUUUACAGACAUGAGAGUAUUAUUGAUCUUCUCACCUAACUCUCAGCAAGAGAGCAUAUUAAGUGUUUUUCCCAAAAUGUUGAAGCUACAGCUGAGAGUCGAUUAGCCUAGUGUAGCAUAAAGACUGAGAGCAGGGGCAAGGCUACCAGCACCUCUAAAGCUCAGUACAUUACCUGUUUAUCCCACUCGUUUAAGUCAAACAUAAACAGAGAUACAGUCAUGGUUGACUUUAUUGGCACUCCUGAAUGUUAAGUACAGAAUUUAGAUAAUCUUCAGAAAUAAGUGCAAACUACCCAUUUUUGUAUCAUCAAAAUAUUUUUAAUAAAAUGUCCAAAGUACUUGAAAAACAAUAAUGAAAAAAAUGCUUUCAUACAGUG